AUGUCUGCAGCUUCGAACCAACCGCGACCUGUCGUCUGUGUCUUCUGCGGUUCCGCCGCUGGGAAAUCCCCCGCGCACAUCGAGGCAGCCCGCUCCCUUGCCCAGCUAUUCCACAGGGAAGGCGUCAAACUCGUCUAUGGAGGAGGCACAGCUGGGCUCAUGGGUGAAAUUGCCCGGACUUUGGUCUCGCUUUCGGGGCCCGAGUCAGUUCAUGGCAUUAUUCCUUCGGCGCUUGUAAAGAUUGAGAAUGGCCACCGUACCCCGCUAGCUGUUGUUGAUAAGCGUGAGGGCAAGCUGCCAGAAAGAACUGAAUCUUCGGAUGUCAAGAGUGCAGCAACUGGAGGGACGAACAAAUUUGUGAACCCAGAAUACGGUGUGACCACAAUAGUACCGGAUAUGCAUACUCGCAAGCGGAUGAUGGCUGGAGAAGUCAUUUCCGGUGGCCCUGGAAGUGGAUUUCUAGUUUUGCCGGGAGGAUUUGGCACGAUUGAAGAGGCUAUGGAGAUGACUACAUGGAAUCAGCUGGGGAUCCAUGAUAAGGGAGUUGUUCUGUUAAACAUUGACAACUACUGGGACGGCAUACUUGCAUGGGUUGACAAGAGUGUUGAGCAGGGUUUUGUGAGCACUGUGAACAAAGAGAUAUUGGUGGAAUGCAAGGAUGUAGAACAUGCCCUUGAUGCACUGAAGAACUACAAAUUAAGCCAGGGCCGUUUUGGACUAACCUGGGAGGUGGAAUUCGGAAAAGAUAAGUGA